GAUCCACCAAGAAUUACCCCAAAUCCAGUCAUCAAUGGGAAUGUAGCCAUGGCUGAUGGUCACAAUAACACAGAAGAAGACAUGGAAGAUGACACAAGCUGGCGGUCAGAGGCGACGUUUCAGUUCACGGUUGAGCGAUUCAAUCGGCUGAGCGAGUCGGUCCUGAGCCCCCCCUGUUUUGUGCGGAACCUGCCCUGGAAGAUCAUGGUGAUGCCACGGCUUUACCCAGACCGGCCACACCAAAAGAGCGUAGGAUUCUUUCUUCAGUGCAACGCUGAGUCCGAUUCUACGUCAUGGUCUUGUCAUGCGCAGGCAGUCCUCAAGAUAAUAAAUUACAAGGACGAUGAGAAGUCUUUCAGUCGUCGCAUCAGCCACUUGUUCUUUCAUAAGGAAAACGAUUGGGGCUUUUCCAAUUUUAUGUCUUGGAGUGAAGUUACUGAUCCAGAUAAAGGCUAUAUAGAAGAUGAUAAAGUAACUUUUGAAGUUUAUGUUCAAGCUGAUGCGCCUCAUGGUGUAGCAUGGGACUCCAAGAAGCACACAGGAUAUGUGGGGCUGAAGAACCAGGGUGCAACCUGCUACAUGAACAGUUUGUUACAGACAUUAUUUUUCACAAACCAACUGCGAAAGGCUGUAUAUAUGAUGCCUACCGAAGGAGACGACUCCUCAAAAAGUGUUCCUUUAGCAUUGCAGAGAGUGUUCUAUGAACUACAACAUAGCGACAAACCAGUAGGAACUAAGAAGCUAACAAAAUCUUUUGGUUGCUUGAUAAUGUCGAAAACAAAAUGAAAGGCACCUGCGUGGAAGGCACGAUCCCUAAAUUAUUCAGAGGGAAGAUGGUGUCCUAUAUCCAGUGCAAACACGUAGACUAUCGAUCUGAACGAAUAGAGGAUUAUUAUGAUAUUCAACUUAGUAUAAAAGGAAAGAAAAACAUCUUUGAGUCUUUCAUAGAUUAUGUUGCAGUGGAACAGCUGGAUGGAGAUAAUAAAUAUGAUGCGGGAGAACAUGGUUUGCAGGAGGCAGAAAAAGGGGUCAAGUUCCUAACGUUGCCACCUGUACUACACCUACAGCUCAUGCGCUUCAUGUACGAUCCCCAGACGGACCAGAACAUCAAGAUAAAUGAUAGGUUUGAAUUUCCAGAUCAGUUGCCUCUGGAUGAAUUCUUGCAAAAAACUGAUCCUAAAGAUGCUGCAAAUUAUAUUCUUCACGCAGUGCUCGUACACAGUGGUGAUAACCAUGGGGGGCAUUAUGUUGUUUACUUGAACCCGAAAGGGGAUGGAAAAUGGUGUAAAUUUGAUGAUGAUGUUGUAUCUAGAUGUACAAAAGAAGAAGCAAUUGAACAUAACUAUGGAGGCCACGACGAUGACCUAUCUGUGCGACACUGUACCAACGCAUACAUGUUGGUUUAUAUCAGGGAGUCAAAACUGAGUGAGGUUUUGCAAGCAGUCACAGAUCAUGAUAUUCCUCAGCAGCUGGUGGAACGAUUGCAGGAAGAAAAAAGAAUAGAGGCCCAAAAGAGAAAGGAGAGACAAGAAGCCCAUCUCUAUAUGCAAGUACAGAUAGUAACAGAGGACCAGUUCUGUGGCCAUCAAGGCAAUGACAUGUAUGAUGAAGAGAAAGUGAAAUACACCGUGUUCAAAGUCUUGAAAAAUUCCACACUGACGGAAUUUGUUCAAAACCUUUCCCAAACAAUGGGCUUCCCGCAAGAUCAGAUACGGUUAUGGCCGAUGCAAGCUCGAAGCAAUGGGACAAAAAGACCAGCCAUGUUAGACAAUGAAGCUGAUGGCAAUAAAACUAUGAUUGAGCUCAGUGACAAUGAAAACCCAUGGACAAUAUUCCUUGAAACAGUAGAUCCAGAAAUGGCUGCUACGGGGACAACGUUACCCAAGUUCGACAAAGACCAUGAUGUAAUGCUGUUCCUGAAAAUGUAUGAUCCAAAGACACGAAGUUUGAAUUAUUGUGGACAUAUCUACACACCUAUAUCCUGUAAAAUACGUGACUUGCUGCCAGUUAUGUGUGAAAGAGCAGGAUUUCCCCAAGAAUCUAAUCUUAUCCUCUAUGAGGAAGUUAAACCGAAUUUAACAGAGAGAAUUCAAGACUAUGAUGUUUCCCUUGACAAAGCUCUUGACGAACUCAUGGACGGUGACAUCAUAGUAUUUCAAAAGGAUGACCCUGAAAACGACAACAGUGAAUUAGCGACAGCAAAAGAAUACUUCCGAGACCUCUACCACCGAGUUGACGUCAUCUUUUGUGAUAAAACUAUCCCCAAUGAUCCUGGUUUCGUUGUCACAUUGUCCAACAGAAUGAAUUAUUUUCAGGUUGCAAAGACAGUGGCUCAAAGGCUUAAUACUGACCCUAUGCUGUUGCAGUUUUUCAAGUCCCAAGGUUACAGGGAUGGUCCGGGUAACCCUCUUAGGCAUAAUUAUGAUGGAACCUUAAGAGAUCUCCUGCAGUUCUUCAAACCCAGACAACCCAAGAAACUUUAUUAUCAGCAGCUUAAAAUGAAAAUCACAGACUUUGAAAACAGGAGAAGUUUUAAGUGCAUAUGGCUAAACAGCCAAUUUAGGGAAGAGGAAAUAACACUAUAUCCAGAUAAACAUGGAUGCGUGCGAGACUUACUAGAUGAAUGUAAAAAAGCUGUAGAACUUGCUGAAAGAGGUUCAGGGAAAUUAAGGCUGCUAGAAAUUGUAAGUUACAAAAUCAUUGGUGUCCAUCAGGAAGAUGAAUUACUAGAGUGCUUAUCUCCAGCAACCAGUCGGACAUUUCGAAUAGAGGAAAUUCCUUUGGACCAGGUGGAACUUGAUAAGGAGAAUGAGAUGCUAAUCACAGUGGCUCAUUUCCAGAAAGAGGUUUUUGGGACAUUUGGCACCCCUUUCUUGCUAAGGAUACACCAGGGUGAACAUUUUCGAGAAGUGAUGAAGAGGAUUCAGACAGUCCUGGACAUCCAAGAGAAGGAAUUUGAAAAGUUUAAGUUUGCUAUUGUAAUGAUGGGCCGGCACCAGUAUCUUAAUGAAGACGAAUAUGAAGUGAACUUGAAAGAUUUUGAGCCCCAACCCGGCAACAUGUCCCAUCCCAGGCCAUGGCUCGGCCUCGAUCAUUUCAACAAAGCCCCAAAGAGAAGCCGCUACACGUACCUUGAAAAAGCUAUUAAAAUCCAUAACUGAC